AUGAAUUAUACUUUAUCGACAUUAGAUCAAGAACAAGCAAAUAAUGAUUUUAAUAUUGCACUGGAAUUAUUAAUUAAUCAUACAUUAACACUGACGACAAAUUUAACAAGUAUUACACCAACAUUCGUCAGUGGUUCAACAACAGUAUCAUCCACGACAUCAACAACAAUAUUUCAUUAUAGAAAUACUCUGUUAACAUUACUGAUGUCAAUAAUGGUAUUUAUGACUAUUUGUGGAAAUUUGUUGGUUAUAAUAGCAUUUGUUAGUGAUGCCACAAUUCGAACAUAUUCAAAUUAUUUUAUAUUAAAUUUAUCUGUAGCCGAUUUAUUAAUCGGUAUUAUAUGUAUACCGUUAUAUGUACCAAAAUUAAUAUCAGGUCAAUGGUAUUUAGGUUAUCAUUUAUGUAAAUUAUGGCUUGUAUUUGAUUACGUUGUGGGUAGUGCAAGUACACUUUGUAUUGUUGUAAUUAGUUUUGAUCGAUAUCGAAUGGUAUCAAAAGGUUUAAAAUAUAUUUCUGAACGAAGUGUUCAUAGAGCAUUAAUAUUCGUUUUUGGAACAUGGAUUAUUGCAUCAUUAAAUUAUGGUCCAGCUAUUGUAUUUUGGGAUUUAUUUUCAUCUACAAAAUUUGAUCAUCGUGAAUGUGAUGCUCCUUUUGCACACAGUUUUGCCUAUUUGGUUACAACAGCAUUUGUCGAAUUUUUUGUACCAUUUUUUAGUUUGACAACGUUAAAUCUAAUGGUCUAUUUAAAUAUUCGUCAAAGAUCGCGUGGUUUAAUUCGAACGCCGGCAACAACAACAACAACAACAACAACAACAUCGUCUAAAAAACGACAACAAGAACAUAACAAUGAUCAACCAAAUGAUAUUCAAAUAUCAAAUGGUCAUAUGAACAAAAAUCUUAUGCCACUUCAGUCUUCCACCAUCACUACUACUACUCUUCUUCUACCAACUUCAUCAACAUAUUCAAAAUCAUCAUCAUCUUCAGCUAAUUUAGCACGUGAUAAGAAAGCUGCACGAAGUUUAUUUAUUCUCGUCUUUGCAUUUGUGAUAUGUUGGUGUCCAUAUACAUUGUUGACAUUAAUUCGUGCACUAUGUAAACAACCAACAAAAUGUAUAUCGAACACAUUAUAUGAAAUUACAUUUUGGUUAUUAUGGUUAAAUUCUACUAUUAAUCCAUUGUUAUAUUCAUUCCUACAUGUUAAAUUUAGAAAAGCAUUCUAUCGUAUUCUGUGCUUUUAUUCUAUUCGACAUAGGCGAGAAGUAUGA